CCCUCCAUUCGUAGGGACAGGAAGGGGGCGUGUCCCGGAAGCGCGCGCCCGCCAUGGCCGCCGCACCAGCCGUGCCCCCCGACUCGUGGCAGCCCCCGACGGUGUCCAUGGAGACCACGAUGGGAUCCCUGGUGCUGGAGCUGUACUGGCUGCACGCCCCCCGCACGUGUAAGAACUUUGCCGAGCUCAGCCGCCGCGGGUACUACAAUGGCACCAAGUUCCACCGCGUCAUCAAGGACUUCAUGGUGCAGGGUGGGGACCCCACGGGCACUGGCCGUGGCGGUGCCUCUAUCUACGGGAAGCAGUUUGAGGAUGAGCUGCACCCUGACCUGAAGUUCACUGGCGCCGGUAUCCUGGCGAUGGCCAACGCGGGGCCGGACACCAACGGCAGCCAGUUCUUCCUGACGCUGGGCCCUGCGCAGUGGCUGGAUGGCAAGCACAGCAUCUUUGGGCGUGUGUGCCAGGGCAUGGGCGUGCUGGGCCGCCUGGCCAUGGUGGAGACCAAUGCCCAGGACCGGCCCCUGGAUGAUGUCAAGAUCAUCAAGGCCUAUCCCUCGGGGUAGAGGGGGCUGCGGGACCCCCCCUGCAAACUGUACAGCUUUGUUGUAAUAAAAGAGGUUGGGUUUUGGGGGAC